UACAGCUCCCAUCGCCCCCCGCGCCGAGCGGCCCUCGCGGGUGACGUCAGCUCUGCGACGGGAGAAAGCGUGCGGGCUGCGCUGGACCGAGCCAGGCCGCCAUGACCAAGCUGGGGCAGUGGCUGUGGGGCCUGGCCCUGCUGGGCUCGGCCUGGGCCGCGCUGGCGCUGGGGCCGCUGGGCCCGCGGGUCCCGCCGCCCUGCCGCCAGGUCCUGCUGCCGCUGCCCGUCUACCUGCUCGUGGCCUUCGGCUGCUACUCCCUGGCCACCGUCGGCUACCGCCUGGCCACCUUCAACGACUGCGAGGAGGCAGCCGCCGAGCUGCAGGAGCACAUCGGGGCGGCACGGGCCGACCUGCGCCGGCGAGGACUGCAGUUCUGAGCGCCCAAUAAAGCCGGGUGACGUGAA